AUGGAUAUCUUGCAAAAAUUAAACACUUUUAAAGGACAAUUACCUUUUGGAGACGUGGAAGAUGCUAAACCACCAACGAAAUUAGUUUCAGAUAAUGGAAAAUUUUACGAAUUUAAUGAUGAUGCCCAACAGGUUUUUAUUGGUGUAAUUGGAUGUAUUCCAAACUUUGGAGCUGCCAUCCAACCUUUUGUUGGAAUUUUCUUUAAGCAGGUUUUUGGAAAAGAAGAUCCAAUGACUACUCUAAGAAAUGAUUUAAACCAAAAGAUUUAUGAAGUUUACAAAAACACUGCCAAAGCAUUGGGUGACCAAUGGAUGUUGAAUUGCAAAUUGAGAGUUGAUGAAAUGGCUGCAACAUUUAUGUUGAUACACGAUGCUAAAAAUGGAGAAGGUAAUUUGCAAGAGGCCAAAGAAUCAUUCAAGAACCAUUUUAAUAUCACCCAAGAUAAAUUGACAUCAAUGUUGAUAUAUCUAAGUGAUAAGACGCACAUCCAUAUCACUUGUGAUCUGUAUCUUGGUAUCACAUUCCUCAGUGCUGCUUUCUAUGGAGAUAUUAAUAGAAAUGGUUUAGAGGCCAAAGAACGUAGUCGUGAUGUUCUCCAAUUAACAUGGAAUCAACUUUACAACAAAAAUAUUGUAUCCCAAGAAACUCAAGAAAAGGUAUUUUGCUACUUUUUAGAUCUAGAUUUGGCAAGAUACCCAGAACCUCCAAUCAGACCAACUUCAAAUAUUUUGACCCUUGAUCAAAGAUCAAUUACAAGUUACUACUUGAAGUAUGAUCCACACCAUCAAAUUAAGAAUUUUUCCUAUGAUGUUCAAAACUUCAACAAUAGGAUUGAUAUUUUCUCUGGUUGCAAAGGAAUUACUGUUGGUACUAGUGGAUAUGUUCCAUUGUCGUUUCAAAACAUUGGUGCUAAAUCGGUUCAAAUUAGAUUUCAUUAUAUUGGAGCUCAUUUUUUGGCAAACACUAUCAUGACAAUCGUUAAAAAGUAUGAUGGUAUACUUCCUACAAUUGAUUCCUUCACCGAUAAACAAUUAGAGGAACAUGUCAAGUUGAACGACCGUAAUCGGAUGUUUAGAAGUAGUCACGAUGAACUUUUAGAAAAAUUGGGAAUUAAAAAAACAAAAGAACAAAACUAUGCACAAUGUAAGGAAUACUUAUCAUUCCCAGUUGAUAAAUCAAGUAAAAAACCAAGUGAAAAACCAACUACUACUACUACUACUACUACUACUACUACUACUACUACUACUACUACUACUACUACUACUACUACUACACAAGUGGAAGAAAAGAAUGAAAAUUUGGAUGAUGAUUUGGAUGGUGAUUUGGAUGGUGAAACAACUAUUACUUUUGACGGUGAUGAUGACGAUGAUAUCAAAUUGUGUGGAGAGGAGGAAAUCUAUAAACAAUCAUUUACCAGAAAAGAAAGUGUUGGAAUUUUAAAUACUGACAGAGCAAAGGCCAAUGACUCUAUGGCAUUUAAGGAAGAUUUCCAUUAUGGAGGACCAGCUCAUGGAUUGUUCACAUCAAAAACAUUUGAUCUACCAAAUGAUUUCUAUGGCUCAAUCGAGUUUUCAUCAGCAACGGGAUUCAUAUCAACUGGGGUUAAUAUGCGUUAUUUUCAGAAUGAAAUGUUAAAGAUUGGUUUUGUUGAAAUUUAUGUUGUAAAUAAGGUUUAG